AUGGAAGGUUGCUACGGCAGCAUUGCUCUUGGCUGGAGGGCAGAUUCAAGCUUGACAGGGUAUCUGGGCGCUUUCUUCCUAGGGGAUGACCCCUAUGUCUACUUCUAUCUCAGCCAGGACAACAAUGCUGUCUCGCUGUCGGCACUGAAUGGUGGGAACCCUAUCCUCGUCCCAACCUUGGGGACGGGUGGCGUGCGCGAUCCUGCUAUCGUCUCGGGCGGAGGAGAUGAGGCUGGGAACAAAUGGUAUAUCGUGGGCACGGAUCUCGACAUCAGCAAGACAACUUGGGACGCAUCUGAGAGAACAGGCUCACGAGGCAUUUUCGUAUGGGAGAGCACGAACCUCGUGGAUUGGACCAACGAACGGCUGGUGACGGUAGAGGACGAGACAGCCGGGAUGGUCUGGGCUCCUGAAGCAGUCUGGGACCCAAGCAAAGGCCAAUACUUGACACACUGGGCGUCCAAGUUUUAUGAUGAAAGCGACACCAAUCACACCGGCAAUGCGACAAACAUAAUGAUCCGCUAUUCCUAUACGAGCGACUUCCAGACCUUCACCGCACCGCAGACAUACAUCGACUACUCGCCCACAGACAUCAUCGACCUGACGAUCCUUCCAUACCCAGACUCAUCCGACACGUUCCUGCGCUUCCUGAAGGACGAGACGCUGAAGGACGUGUUUGUGGAGUACUCGACCACAGGCCUCUUUGGCACCUGGACGCGGCCUGGAGGCAGCAGUGCGUACAUCCGUGCAGAGACCGAAGGCCCCGCCGCGUACUGGGACAAUGUAGCCAGCGGAGAAGUGCACCUGCUUGUGGAUUACUACGGGGGGAAUGGGUAUUUCCCGCUGGUGAGCUCGGACCCGAUGAGCAACAGCGGCUGGGCGAACAGUAGCACGGUAGACUUUCCGACGGGACUGAGGCAUGGCAGCGUGCUGCCUAUCAACGAGACGAUAGUGGGGGCCUUGAGCGCUGCUUGGCAAUGA